GAAUGCAUGCUGUUUACAAAAAUACUCUUGUGGUUUUUUCAUAAUGCUUAAUAAUUAUUAAUUAACCAAUAGAUAGGCAAGGCCAUCCUCUUGCAAAUAACUUGCUAGUUGCUAUCAUACAUAGCUAGCUCUCGCUCGUUUUUUUCUCUUUCUUUCUCGCUCCAUUAGACUGCCUGUUAUAUAUUAACACUACUCCUCAAUGAGUCAGUCGACUAGAGAAGCAGAGAGAGAUCUGCAGAGGGUUCUCUACAGUCCCAAUGGGGAGAGCUAUGCUCUCAUCUUCAACAUAGCCGAUUUCGCUCCUCCGUGCCUCCUUCCCCCUAGAUGCGGGAGCGAGAAAGAUGUCGAAGAAGCGAGGAAAGUGCUCGAGGAGAGAAACUUUACAGUUCACAGUUUUCCUGACUGUACCGCAGAUGAAAUCCGAAAACGCCUAAAAGUGAUAGGAGACGACCAAAGAAACUUUGAGAGGUAUCGCUGUCUCUUUGUUCUUAUAAUGAGCCACGGAUACCAGAACGGUAUCUACGCAUCAGAUGGAAGCUGUCUCUCCUUUAACGAGAUCCAGUCUUUUCUUACCUCGGCUGCUUGUCCUGCUUUCUGUGAAAAACCAAAGUUGGUUUUUGUCCAAUCGUGUAGAGAGAAAUCAGUCAAUAGUCCUGACGACAGUGUUAGAGUGCUAGAAGAAGAUAUUCAUCUGUCUUUUGCAGGACAGUUGUUUUCGGAAACAUUCAGAGAUUCAGAAAAUGGGGCAUACUACGUCAGAUAUCUGUUUGAGACGAUAAACGAGUUAGGAGAUGACGAGGACUUGCAGGCGAUACUGACGGAAGUUACUAGAAAAAUGAAGGCCGCCUCUCUUCCACUUCCAGACAACCGUGGCCUACUUAGGGACAAAGUAUACCUGCCAUUGAGAAGAGGCAGAAAAAUAGUCCAUGGCAGAGAGAAUCGAGAAAGCAAAGGAAGAGAGGUAGUAACUCCAAACUCAUCAUCUAUUUCAACUGACAUGUCCUUUGCAAGAAACAGAUUUGCAAGAGUUAGCCAGAAAAAGUGCUGUAAGUCUCCCGAUAGCUCUGGUGUCGAAAUAGAGCAAUCCUUUGAUAAGAGUACGAACCAUGAAGCACCAUCAAUGGUGUCCCUGCCUGACUCAAGACUAUCCCAAUGUUACAUGUCACAGUCCAUUAGAAUUCCCGCAUUAGCUCUCCUGAUCAAUAAUAACGUAGACACCUCUCACUGCCUUCCUCUCAAAACAGUCCUUGAGAAUACUUGUCGAUACUCUGUCAUUGUGCUAGAGAAUAUAACAACAGAUUGUCUAUACAGCAUAUUAGGAGCCAUCCCAAAUGACAGCACACUGGAAUCAUUUAUGCUUAUCUUCACAAGCGCUGGAGGCAGCAAUUCACUUCACGAUUCAAACGGGGAAGUGAUACGUAUUGAGGAACUACUCAGACGCAUUCCAAUGCCACUCAUUUCUACAUGCAAUGUUCUUGUAGUUGUUCAAACUAUUGUCGUUGAUAAGAUUCAAGUGAGCACAGAUGAAAUGUCCCAGCUAAGCAGGUGCAAGAGUCUAUUCAGUGACAAAGAAGCUCGUUUAAUCGUCAGCCAUGUCUCUGUUUCUUCUCCCACCUUCUCCAUUUUGGCCCAGAGGAUUCAAGAGUUUCACGAACAUGACCACUACUCGGUCGAAUUCUUAUUAAGCGUGACCUGGGGCAAUACUGAUGAAGUAGUACACUGGCAUAAGACAAUAUCAUUCAAUGGAGACUAUUCCCUUUGCAUCACGGAGAGGUCCAUUCAAGAUAUGAACCUGGCCACUCUCGUGUGCUCAGCCAAAAUGAUGUUUUCUCUCGGGCACCUCCUAUACUCAAGAAGAGAUCUGGUACUUGAAUUAAUGAGAAAAGUUCAGAGAGAAAACGUCCCAACACUUCAUCAAUGUCUACAAGAAGGACCGAACACACACGUAGCCCAUCGGUUGCUCCUAGGGAUCGUUACAACACAGAGAGAGCUCUUUGACUUAUUUAAAACAAGCCUAAACAUCUUUUCAGCACCAGAUAAUGACUUGAAAUUUAACGAGCUGCUAGAGGAGUGCCUCCUGUACAUUGGAUCAGGAAGAGACAACAUGAUUGAGAUGAUUUACGAAGCGGUAACAAGUGAGAGAUAUCGGUGGUGCAACCGGGAGAAAAUGCUCAAAGAUGGUGAAGGUCAUACCAUUGACUUAAUAAACGAAAUAAGAAGCCACAUAUACCGCCGACCAAUGCAAGAAGAAGGGGAGGAGCCAGUUGCUAUGGCAAUCGAGUUCAAUACUGCAAUGAUGAGUAAUGAUGAUGUCACAUUUCGUGAGUUGGUACAAGAUGAUAUAUUGUUUAACGAAAACGAGGAGGUGGUUAUGGUAACAGGCGAAACAGCAGGUGCUCAAGAGAACACUCAUCUUCCCUCUCCUUCCUCUAAUCCUCUCUCUCUUUCAGCACGACCCACUGGAGAUCACUCGGUUCUGAGAAUGAUUAAUACUGAAGAUUUCGUUGAGGUAGUACCAACGACACUCACACAGAAGGAAACUCAGGAUGAAUGGGUUGUCCUUUCGUACAAAGACUCAAGCGUCCAAUCAGCCGAUCUAGUGAUCAUACUGGAUCAAGUGGAGGUCGAUGAUUUCGUUGAGGUGGUACCAGUUCCUGUCGCGUUCCAUCAAAGGGAUGACGACUGGUUGGAGAUAUCACCAAAGAGGAGGGCAGUGGAUCCGCAUAGCCAUUAAAAUCACUAUCCAGUUUGACAUUAUUCGAUCCAUCACCACCCAAUCUUUAAGAAUAUUCAAAUUGUAUACUAUAUGUAAUAAAUUGCAACAAUUUAUUUAUCAUUUAUCAUUGUUUGGCUGUACACAUGCAUUCACUUGGCGUACCCAUUCAUCAUUUUCUGUCAUAAUGUGUAAUUAUAAAUCAUAAUUUAUGUUCUACACACAAUAUAAGCACAGCUGAUUAAAUUCUAUUAAUAAAAUUAUUGAAUCAUGUAUUAUGAUGAUGAUGAUGAUGAUGUUAAUUACAGGGUUUAACCCACUGGACAUAGUUAUUAAACUUAACAAUAUUCAUUAGACAUACAAUGAACAACUAUUCAACAGGCCAGUCAAGCAGACACACCACAUACACGUAUUGCUGAUGCUAGCUAUAAAUAUCAUCAUUACAUCAGAAUUUCAAAACAAAGAAGAAAGAAGCCAUUAUUAGCAAAGAUCAAUCUCAUUUAUUAACAGCUGGCAAUAUCAGGACUUUAAUGAGCGACUAGAGCUACCAGAACUUCAAUGUGAAAGACAGUAUAUCAUUGCAAGAAGAUUUGACAUUACACAGUACUCAAGCAUACAGUGACAGACAGUAAGUACAGCAGUGGAGCAGAACCAAUAUGGGGAAUGAAAAUUCAAAGACAAUCAAACAAAACAAGGACAAAGAUACACCACAGGAAGAACAGACAAUGGCAAAUAAGCACGGCAAAAAUGAGAGACAGAACAGCUCUGAAAACAUUUCUAUUUUAAAGAAGAGAGACACCUCAGCCAUUCCUCCCCCGUCCCUCUCUCUCUCUUCCUCUCUACCCCAUCUCUCCUCUACCUCUCCAUUUUCCUCUUCUAAUCUAUCGUCUUCCUUCUCUCCCAACUCUCACUCCUUCCCAAUACUAACAAUCAUUAAUACCAGUGAGGAGGGUGGGACCCAAUCACCAAAGACACAGAAAGAUGAACUUAAAGGGCCAGAAAUAGAAACAAACAAUGAAGACUCUCAAUCUUGCAUUCUUGAACAAAUACCAAUGUCAGUGUCUCCGCCCACACAUUUUAAUUGCAAUCAAAGACGGCUUAGAGGGAGCGAGAAAAGAAAAUUAAAUAAAAUAAA